AUGGGUGCGACAACAUACUGGAAAAGUCUCUCCCCCGCAAAACUUAAUUUUUGGAUCCAGGCGUUCUCGUUGAUCGCCAUAUUCUUCGAAGGCUAUGAUCAAGGUGUCAUGGGUGGUGUCAACUCGUCGCCUGAUUACGUCACUACCGUCAAGAUUGGAGAGCCCGAUGGCAGAGUGACCGAUGUGACCAAACAAGGUGGCAUCGUCUCUGUUUACUAUCUCGGUGCCAUUUUUGGGUGCUUUGCUGGUGGAUGGUUGGCGGACCGAGUAGGCCGAAUCAAUGGGACCUUUUGCGCGUCCUUCUUCGCCAUGAUCGGCGGCGCCCUACAGGCGGCCACUCAGUCGGCAGCCAUGAUUAUCGUCGCUCGAAUCAUCACUGGCAUCGGGACGGGUGCUCUGACAGCUAUCAUCCCGGUUUACGUAUCAGAAACAUCGACAAGCCACGGGCGUGGCCGCUUCCUCGGCCUUGUUUUUAUCGCCAACUACUUGGGAAUAGCGAUUGCCUACUGGCUCGACUUUGGUCUAAGCUUUGUGAAGGGUCCAAAUGGUCUCGCUGGAACAUCUUCAGUCAGGUGGAGAUUUCUGCUAGCCUUUCAAUGCUUUCCGGCCAUCCUCUUGGCUCUCGGUAUCAAGCUCUUGCCCGACUCUCCGCGAUACUACAUCUCCUCUGGUCAAAAAGACAAGGCCCUCGAGGUCUUGACUCAUGUCAGGGGCAGUCGGACGCCGAGUGCAGAGAUCGAUCGAGAAUUCAAGGAAAUGGUUGCGGUCAGCUCUCAAGUCAAGCCGGCGAAUCCAUUUGAAUUUACCAAAAUUCUCUUUGGUCGCUCGGAUAGCCCGGCGCCACACUUGGCGAGGCGGGCAUGGCUGUGCUUGUGGUUACAGAUCAUGGCUUCGUAUACCGCUAUUACCGCCGUGACUGCGUAUGCGCCAAUCCUUCUCAGCGCUGCUGGCUAUUCCAUGAUCAAGCAGAAUGGCCUCGCUGGGGGCCUGUCCACCGUGGGCAUCGUUGGGACGAUCAUCUCUGCAUACGUCGUUGACAGAUUUGGCCGUCGUCGAUGUCUCAUGGCAGGUGCUCUCGGCCUCGUGGUCGUCAACGCCGUUGCUGGAGGUCUUUACGAGGCCUCACGCCGCAACUCCGACUCUGCUGCCAGGAUUGCCCCCGCAGCGGUGACCAUGUUGUUCCUGUUCAAUCUCAUUUACGCGUCAACUUGGGGCACAGUCGCAUUCCUGAUACCUACAGAAAUAUUUCCCUCCGAGAUGCGAGCUCAAGGAAAUGGGUUUGGCGUGACUGGAUGGGCGAUUGGAGUGGGCACCACGACGUUGGCAAAUCCCAGCAUCUUUGCGCAAUUGCAGAAUCGAGCGUACUUUCUCUUCGCCGGGCUCAACCUGCUGUGGAUCAUUGUCGUUUGGUUGUUCUACCCCGAGACAAAGGACAGAUCACUCGAAGCGAUCAACAUCUUGUUCAUACCCUCGUCGCCGCUCAAUGCAGCGGCGGAGAAAUCGUGGAGAGAGCAUGGGGACGGUGACGUGCUACAUCAUGGCCCACCUGCAAGUGACUUAGAGGGAAAGUAUGCGCAUCAACAGAUUGCAUGA